CAAUAGAGGCGCGUUGUAGGGAUUCUUGAGAGUAGACUUCUGCAUCGAGUUCAAAACGAAAAGUAGGCUACAGACAGGAAGUUUUACGAAGAUAUGGAAAAGUUUGGGUCCAGUACAAAUCUUUUAUAUUUUAUUUGUUUUAAAGGAAUACGGUCGAUGAAUUGGAUCUAAGCUCAAAUAAAAUCUUAACUAAACCGUAGGGCUAAAACGUUUGCCUAAUUGGAAUUUUUCCUUGUUCGGAUUUCCUCGCGCUUUACUCUAAAACUUGGGAGAACUAGUGUGGCAAAAUGACCGCCUCUAUGCAGCCUCUCAGCUCUGUGAGGUAUGCGGUGGUUUUCCUAUUGUUUUUCCGAAUUGAACUUAUAUUUGGAUAUGAUGAAAACACAAGGACGUGUCCGUCUCCAUGCACAUGUUUUGGAGACCUUUUGGACUGCAGUCGGUUGAAAAGGCGUGGAAUUCCCGAAAGUCUUCCCGAAUGGACCGUACAGUUGGACCUGAGCCAUAACAAAUUGCAGUCGCUUGACAGCACUUUGUUUACGAAACUGCGGCACCUAAGUGAGAUAAAGCUAAACAACAAUGAAUUGGAGGCAGUACCUGAUUUUGGCCCUUAUGCAGCAACCAUCACCACCCUCAUUCUAACAAACAAUAGGAUUGCAAAGAUCUCCCUGGAGCAGUUGAGGCCCCUGCAAGGCCUGGAUACGCUUGACCUCAGCAAUAACAACCUAGUGGAUAUCAAGGCUGACUCCUUCCCUGCACUGCCUCUCAAAAACCUCAUCAUGAACAACAAUCGCAUUUCCACCCUGGAGACGAACUGUUUUGUCAACCUGUCAAGUACCCUGCAGGUACUCCGGCUCAACCGCAACCGCCUCUCCACCCUGCCUGUCAAGAUCUUCCAGCUCCCCAACCUCCAGCACCUGGAGCUAAACAGGAACCGGGUUCGCCGGGUCGAAGGCCUGACGUUCCACGGUCUGCAUGCGCUGCGCUCUCUGAAGAUGCAGAGGAACGGAAUCAGCCGCCUGAUGGACGGAGCCUUCUGGGGCCUCAGCAACAUGGAAGUUCUCUUGACUACAAACAACCUGACGGAGGUGAGUAAAGGCUUGGCUCUAACGGCCUGCUGACUCUGCAGCUGCUUCACCUGGGCCACAACGGCCAUCAGUCGGAUACCGACAGACGCCUGGGAGUUCUGCCAGAAACUCAGCGAGCUGGAUCUGUCGUCCAACCACUUGGCACGUUUGGAAGAGUCCAGCUUUGUGGGCCUGAGUCUGCUCGAUGAGCUCCACAUCGGGAACAAUCGCGUGAGCUUCAUCGCGGACGGAGCCUUCCGAGGACUCUCCCACCUACAGAUGCUGGAUCUGCAAAACAACGAGAUCUCCUGGACCAUUGAAGACAUGAAUGGACCAUUUUCUGCUCUGGACAAACUAAGAAAACUGUUCCUCCAAGGAAAUCAAAUCCGCUCGGUGACCAAGAAGUCUUUCUCUGGCCUGGACACACUCGAGCACCUAGAUUUGAGUAACAAUGCCAUCAUGUCAGUCCAAGGAAACGCCUUCAUUCAGAUGAAGAAGCUCGAAGAACUGCACCUGAACACAACCAGUCUGCUGUGUGACUGCCAACUCAAGUGGCUGCCGCUGUGGGUGGCGGAGCAGGCCUUCCUGCCCUGUGUGAACGCCAGCUGUGCCCAUCCCCAGAUGUUGAAGGGCAAGAGCGUGUUCACAGUCAGCCAGGAGGACUUUGUGUGUGACGAUUUCCCCAAACCUCAGAUCACUGUGCAGCCUGAGACCCAGUCAGCCAUCAAGGGCACCAAUGUCACCUUCGUGUGCUCGGCAGCCAGUUCCAGUGACUCCCCCAUGACCUUCGCCUGGAAGAAGGACAACGAGGUCCUGAACGAUGCGGAGAUCCACAACCAGGCACACGUCAGAGCCCAGGGGGGAGCGCAAGGCAGCGAAACCGAGGUCACCGAGUACACCACCACGCUGCGUUUACGCAGCGUCGCGUUCACCAGCGAGGGGAAGUACCAGUGUGUCAUCUCCAACCACUUUGGCUCCUCCUACUCCACCAAAGCGAAGCUCAUCGUCAACAUGCUUCCAUCCUUCACCAAGAUGCCCAUGGACCUAAGCAUCCGGGCGGGCGCCACGGCCAGACUCGAGUGUGCUGCUGUGGGUCACCCGUCUCCGCAGAUCGCCUGGCAGAAAGACGGCGGCACUGACUUUCCGGCUGCCCGGGAGCGGCGUAUGCACGUGAUGCCUGAGGAUGACGUGUUCUUUAUUGUGGAUGUGAAGACGGAGGACAUCGGCGUGUACAGCUGCACCGCCCAGAACACGGCCGGAGCCAUAUCGGCCAAUGCCACGCUAACCGUGCUAGAAACUCCUUCCUUCCUGCGCCCUCUCAUGGACCGCACCGUGGUCAAAGGGGAGACGGCGGUCCUCCAGUGCAUCGCCGGCGGCAGCCCCCCUCCCAGGCUCAACUGGACCAAAGACGACAGCCCCCUGUUGGUCACCGAGCGCCACUUCUUCGCAGCGGCCAACCAGCUGCUCAUCAUUGUGGAUGCCGCGGAGGGCGACGCGGGGACGUACACGUGCGAGAUGUCCAACAUGCUGGGCACCGAGAGGGGCAAUGUGCGCCUGGCUGUGCUGCCGAAUCCCAACUGCGACUCCGGGCUGGGGGGCGCUGGGGUCGGCGUGUCGGGGGGCGUCGAUGAGGACGGCUGGACCACGGUGGGGAUUGUCAUUAUCGCGGUGGUGUGCUGCGUGGUGGGCACCUCGCUGGUCUGGGUGGUCAUCAUCUACCAUACACGCCGGCGCAACGAGGACUGCAGUGUCACCAACACCGACGAGACUAACCUGCCUGCGGACAUCCCCAGCUACCUGUCGUCCCAGGGCACGCUUGCCGACAGGCAAGAUGGCUAUGUCCCCUCUGAGAGCAGUAGCGGCAACCACCAGUUCAUGACUUCCUCCUUGAGUGGAUUCUACAUGCAGUCUAAAGACUUGAAUGGUUUGUGUCAACUGGACACAGGAAGUGAAGCAGACAUGGAGGCGGCCAUAGAUCCCCUGCUCUGCCAUUACCAAGGUCCCAUCGGCUCUCUCCUCAUGAGGGGCAUGUACACCGGGGAACCCUCCGAUACUUACACAAGCUGUGCUGUGGACCAGCCAUCCGUCUGCAUAAACUCCUACGGCAGCCUUACCAGCUCCAAGAGGAGGGACUAUUAUCCGUGUGGCGGGGCCCUCCAGGAUCCCCUCGACCACGGGAGCCCCGGUGUGCUUAUGCGGAUGCCCAGCAGCGCCAGCUGUCACGGCCUGCCACAUCUACAGGGUGAUGGCGCCCCCUCCACGGACGAGGGAGAGGAGAGCAGAUAUGGCCGACCUCAAGAGACCAGGCUGUCUUCCUCCAGCACCUUCAUGGGAACAUUUGGGAAAGCCCCCUGGAGGCCUCAACAGGAACUGCACCCCGGGUUCGGACCAGCGCCAUUGGCCCUUCACAAUGGCAUGAUGCUACAUGAAAACCCCUAUACAGCCCUGGAAACAGACUCAGAACGUGAGGAAGACAAGAACAGCAUCCAGUCAAAGGAUUAUAAUUCGCAGUCGGAACAGAGUGCCAGUAGUAUCUAUGAACUGCCAUAUGAUAUCAACAGGACUGCUCCUCAUCAGCUAGCUCGACCGAGCACAUAGCUGAAUGUUUGUUCCUUUCUGUUUUUCUUACAAGGACUACCAAACAAAAUACUACCUCAGUGACUGGACACUCAAUGGACACUGCAACAGUGCAAUGCGUGAAUGUAAAAGGAAAAUGCAUCAUUCCAGUAAAAUGCAAAAACAUUAUAUAGGGAGAUAUUGAUAGUUGAGGACUGUUCUUUUUUUUUUAAGAAAGAAAAAAAUGGGAAAUAUCUUCAACUGAAGAUAUAUAUUGAAUAUAUAUAUAAAUUUUUUAUACAAAGUUUAUUAUAUUUUGUAAAUGAAUAGUGUGAAAAUCCAUCCCAUUAUUUUUGCUUACAUUUUCCUGUAAAUUUGUAUGUGUUAUGCAACCGAACAUGCCCGCAGUUAUUCUAGCUUUUUGUUUGCCCCUUUUGCACAUACCCUACACAUAAUAAAACCCCAUAACAUGUGCUGCUACAUA